AUGGGACGCAAAAAAGGACAACAAUCAAAUGAGAGAAAAAAGCCAGAUACAUGCACAGAUGUUACACUAAUAAAAGACACAUACAUAAAUUAUUACAAAAUGCAAUUAGUUCCAGCAGCUAUCGAUGAAGAAGGUUUCAACAAAAUGAUUGAGACUUUCAAGAUCAGUCUUCCCCAUGUAUUCCGCCUUAAUCCAGUUGCAAAUGAUGCAGAAAAUGUUCGCAAGUCAUUACAUUUGUAUUUAGAAGAUAUUAAAAAAGCAGAUAUCGAAGUUCAAAAAAUAGAAUUAUUAGGCGACGAAUUUGGUGAAAUAUUCCAGAUGUCAAUUGACAAUCCAAACUUCCGAAAGAAUCCAGCCUUACAACCAUUCAGAAAUUGGUUAAAUACUCACGAAAGAUCCGGAGAUUUUAGCCGCCAAGAGUUAGUUUCCAUGAUUCCACCAUACUUCCUUGAUGUACAACCAGAUCACUUCGUACUUGAUAUGUGCGCUGCUCCAGGAUCUAAAACUACUCAAGUUAUCGAAAUGAUGCUCAAGAAAGCCAACGGAAAGCCACUUUCUGGUAUCGUAGUUGCAAACGAAGUCAACGCAAAGCGCUGUCAUACACUUGCUGGCCGUCUACAAAGACUUGACAACCGCCAAAUUAUUGUGACUUCCCAUGAAGGCCAGCAAUUCCCAGAACUGAUCAAAUUUGACAGAAUCGUAUGCGAUGUACCAUGCAGUGGCGAUGGAACCCUCAGAAAAUCACCAGAUGCAGGUCCAAAUUGGAAACUUUCUGAAGGACAAAAUUUGCAUGUUUUACAACGUGCGAUUUUGACAAAAGCCCUUAGAUUGUUGAAAGUUGGAGGCAGGUGCGUUUACUCCACAUGCAGCUUGAACCCAAUCGAAGACGAAGCUGUCAUAAGCUCUGUUCUCAAAGAAUGUAAAGGAAAUGUCAAAAUUUUGGAUGUUUCUGACAAAUUUACAGACUUAAAACGCACGAAAGGUCUCAAAUCAUGGCAUGUUGUUACAGAUGAGAAAGAGUAUAUGAAUCCUGAAGAAGUUCCCGAAGAGAAAAAGAGAAGAGUUCCUUCUUCAAUGUUCCCAAUUGAUGUCGUCGAAGGAAUUGAAAAUUCAAUGAGAUUUUUGCCACAUUUGAACGAUACCGGCGGUUUCUUUGUUUGUGUUCUUGAGAAGACAGGUGAAGUUGAUGAUUUGAAGAACCCUAUGAACCCACGUCCAAUGGGCAAAUGGCCAGAACCACCUUUCAUCGCUUUGAACAAAAUGGAAAGUGAAGUGAACAUUUUUGAAAAACUCAAAAGUGAAUACGAAUUAAAUGACGAAAUAAAGGAAGAAAAUCUCUUCAGUAGAGCUGAAAACUCUGUUCAUUCCAUCAUCUUGAUGAAUGAUAAUGCAAGCAAGAUAAUAAGAGAAUCCAAACCAGAAGUUUUAAGAGUUGUUUCAUGUGGAUCAAGAAUUUUCUCUUGGAAGAAAUUAUCUGACAACUAUUCUAUCCACGCAAUCCCUUGUUACGAUGGAAUUGAUGUUGCUUUCGAAUCUUCUAAUAAAAGGAAAUUCCCUGUUUCCCAAGUUGAUAUGAAGAAGUUGCUCGAAAUUGGAAAUUCUGGUCUUAAAUUUGAAGAAUUGUCAGAAAAUGCCAAGAAAUUGAUCAGUGAAGCAGAGAAAGGAGGUUUGUUUGUUUACGUCGAAGGAACAAAGAUCAGAUAUGGUGGAAUGAUUUCGAAAUACAACGUCGCUCUUCACGUGAAGAAAGGAAUCAUUCCAUUCGAAGUUGCAAAGCUUGAAGAGUAUUUCCCUGAAUUAAAGACUGGAGAAGAAAAGGAAAUUCCUGAAAAUAAAGAUGAUAAAGAACAAGAAGAAUAA